GCCCUUCUGCCGAAAAAAAUGAAAAAGCAAAGCCCUCCUCCUCAACCGUCGUGAACAAAGUUUGGUGAGCUAAAAAUAAAAAGCCUCCAUAUUUUCGAUACAAACAAGAAGAUUUUCUCGGCGAUGGCUCAAGUGGUGGCGGCGCGGCUGAUUCAUGGCGCAUUUGCCGCGGUUCCCGGCUCGGGGUGUCAGGAUAACCUUUCGGAGAAGCUCAGACCGAGUUCCGCCUUCAGCGUGAAGGUUUCGACCCAAACCGAGAAGAAGAUCCGCGGCGGAGCUGCCCAGGUCAGCGCGCCGAUCACCGCGAGUAGAUCUACUCGCUCUGAGCCGCAAACAGAAGAGCGAACACAAUAUUUACCGGCCGUGCCACAACAAGGCGAUUCAUCGGUUGGCGUGUGGUCUAAGCCUACAGCGAGACGAAAGACGAAGAUCGUUUGCACCAUUGGUCCAUCAACCGACACAAAGGAAAUGAUAUGGAAGAUGGCAGAGGCUGGGAUGAACGUUGCUCGUCUCAAUAUGUCCCAUGGAGAUCAUAAAUCUCACCAGAAAGUCAUCGAUUUGGUUAAGGAGUAUAAUGCUCAAUCGAAAGACAAUGUUAUCGCAAUCAUGCUUGAUACCAAGGGUCCCGAGGUUAGAAGUGGCGUAACUCAGCCAAUCGAACUGACACCUGGUCAGGAGUUUACUUUCACAAUUCAACGAGGAGUUGGCACUGCGGACUGUGUCAGUGUAAACUAUGACGAUUUCGUCAAUGAUGUCGAAGUAGGGGACAUGAUUCUUGUUGAUGGUGGUAUGAUGUCAUUAGUGGUAAUAUCCAAGACUGCAGAUUCGGUGAAAUGUGAAGUUGUAGAUGGUGGGGAGCUUAAAUCUCGACGACAUCUUAAUGUUCGAGGAAAAAGCGCUACGCUUCCAUCCAUCACUGAAAAAGAUUGGGACGAUAUCAAAUUUGGAGUUGACAACAAAGUCGACUUUUAUGCUGUUUCUUUCGUAAAGGAUGCAGAUGUUGUCCAUGAACUGAAGAAUUAUCUGAACGAUGCUGGUGCAGACAUUCAUGUCAUCGUAAAAAUCGAAAGUGCAGAUUCCAUACCAAAUUUGCAUUCAAUCAUAACUGCGUCUGAUGGGGCUAUGGUUGCCAGAGGAGAUCUUGGUGCAGAGUUGCCAAUCGAAGAUGUUCCUUUAUUGCAGGAAGAAAUUAUCAGACUAUGCCGUAGUAUGGGGAAAGCAGUCAUAGUGGCAACAAAUAUGCUUGAAAGCAUGAUUGUGCACCCCACUCCUACUCGAGCAGAGGUAUCGGAUAUUGCUAUUGCUGUUAGAGAAGGGGCCGAUGCUGUUAUGCUCUCUGGAGAAACUGCUCAUGGGAAGUUUCCACUGAAAGCAGCUCAAGUCAUGCACGCAGUCUCGUUGCGGACAGAAACUGCAGUAGUUUGUGGAACUCCGUCAAAUCUGGGCCAAGCCUUCAAGAAUCAUACGAGUGAAAUGUUUGCAUACCAUGCGACAAAGAUGUCUAAUACACUUGGAACUCCGAUCGUUGUCUUCACCAGGACCGGCUUCAUGGCCAUUCUACUGAGCCAUUAUCGACCAUCUGGCACUAUUUUCGCUUUCACAAAUGAGAAGAGAGUACAGCAGAGGUUGGCUUUGUACCAAGGCGUUUGCCCUAUAUACAUGGAGUUCUCUGAAGGUGCCGAGGAGACAUUUGCCGAUGCUUUGGCUUUGUUAAAGAAGCAAGGAAUGGUGAAAGAAGGGGAGCAGGUUGCUCUUGUUCAAAGCGGCAGACAGCCUAUCUGGCGGUUCAAGUCCACCCAUAAUAUUCAGUUCAAGAAAGUGUAGAUGAUAAUGCCACUUGGAGAUUGAUUGAUGAUGCCAUGGUACUAUGCAAAGAUGGAGUGCAUUGAUUGUCACCUCUUCCAUGCAUUUUCUCGACUCGAGUCGUUCGAUCGUUUGCACUUUUGCGCAAUUACCUUAAACCUUCUUUUAGCAAAUUUUUUUUUUAAGAAUCUAU